CAGCUUUGCGUUGUCAGACUGUAGAGGAUAUCGUUCGUGGUCAAACUAGAGGGAAAGAGAACCUUGGCAUCGGUGUUCCUCAGUGGUGCGUGCUGAAAGACCGAAAAUUGCCACUCCGAUAACAGUUACCUCGGAUACAUCGCGUUUACAGUGUCCUAGUACGACUCCCUUUGCACACCCUACAGCCAACGACAUCCAACUGUUGCUUUUGGUUUUUUCGACGUACUUUUCUCGAACAACGGCCGUUUCGUGACUUCUUCAUUGUUUUGAACUGACUAUUGGUAACGGGUCUUGCGUACAGGACACUCCUCAGCUAUUAAGACGACACGAAGAAAAGCUAGUCACAGGUAGCUACAUCGUGGUUCGUUCAUCGGCAAGGUUCUCUCUUCUUCCGAUACUUUGAUAACCUCGCAUCACGACACCAAGCAUCUUCAUCGUCAUUCGACCGUACCUUUCCGCAACAGAUUUGUCCAUUUACUAGCAAUCAACAAAAAACAAUGUCGACCAUCGUAGAUUGGUACAAAGACGUUAUAAACAAUAAAUGUCAUCCAUACACGCAGGAUUGGUUUCUCGUGUCAGGACCAGGUCCUCUGGCGGUAAUUCUCGUUACCUAUGUGUAUUUUUGCCUAUCCGCUGGACCAAGGUACAUGAAGGACAAGAAGCCGUACGAAUUGAGGAAAACCAUGAUCGUGUACAACUUCGUUCAAGUGCUAUUUAGUAUAUAUCUCUUUUAUGAAGGAUUGAUGGCUGGGUGGCUGCAUGACUACAAUUACUCUUGUCAGCCUGUUGACUAUUCGGACAAUCCAAAAUCUAUCAGGAUGGCUAAGAUUGUGCACUUUUAUUUCAUGUGCAAGUUGACAGAGCUUUUGGACACAGUAUUCUUUGUUCUUCGGAAGAAGAGUCGUCAGAUCUCAACCCUUCACGUGUAUCAUCACACGCUAAUGCCGGUUUGCGCUUGGAUCGGAGUCAAGUUCCUGCCGAAUGGCCAUGGAACGUUCUUGGGCCUCGUCAACGCUUUCAUUCACAUAAUCAUGUACAUGUACUACAUGCUGUCUUCGAUAGGGUCACACAUGAACAAAUAUCUCUGGUGGAAAAAGUAUAUAACGAUGCUCCAGUUGAUUCAAUUUGGCAUGAUUUUUAUCCAUACCAUUCAACUAUUUUUCAACGGAUGCAAUUAUCCGAGGCCUAUUGCGUUCCUGCUCUUGCUGAACGCGACGAUCUUCAUCUACAUGUUCGGGUCGUUCUAUGUCAAAAAUUACCGUAAAAGACAACGAACACAGGUAAAAGAUGAGCAAAUAAAUAUGGCGGCGAAGAAAGUGGAGUGA